AUGCCGCUGACGUGUCAAGUGUUGACGUUGGGCGAACCAGUCAAGUACCGACACAGGCCCCCGUGGCUGCGUUUUCUUGUAAGCUGUCACGCCGCGCCGCAAGAAGCAAUAAUUAGGGACGGCCGGUCUCGGUCUGGAGGUCGCGCGCGCAUUUACAUCGCCGGCAGACACCGGCAGCGGCAGCGGCGGACGCGGCCGGGAGCCCGCGACCAGUCACGAGGGCGCGGGCCGGCUUUUACUGCCCGCUUUACGGGCGCCGCCAAAUUAGACCGCAAGAGGCGCUACGGCGCGACCCUGCCACCUCUGUACGCAAUCGCGCGGCUCCGACCGCAGCGACCACCACCGUCGCCCGAGCGACCCUCGUUGCUCUUCUUGUGGAGAGACAAGCCAGCUGGGAGUGCAGCUGAGAUAGUGCAGGCCUUCCUGCAGACCGCGGCGGCGCGAGUCAAGGUCUCCGUCUGGCAACAAGCGAUCACCUCCGCGGCUCGUGUCAGCCGCCCAACGGGUUACCGGUUACCGCCGCGCCGGCCGCCGCCGCCGCCGCCGCCGCCGCCGCCGUCUACUCCGGCCCCCCUACCUGCUGGGCCGCCCGUCACUACUGUUGGCGAUUACCGCUGA